UACGUUUUGACGUCAUCAACACAAACCCACGUGCAACCUCCAUAGCAGACGACGCAAGUCGCUGAACGCCGGAGAAAGGAAACCUGAACAAUCCAACCAGAUUCAGUGUUGGUAAUUUUGUUUCAAAAGUAUAUCUAGACUGUAUUUUAUCACUGUUUUGCAACGGACUCUAUAUAGAUUUGCCGACGAUAGACUAUUUUUACUGUCAUGGCCCGUACCAAACAAGCCCCCAAACUGAAUUUUGAAAACGGCCAGUCAUCCCUUCAGAAAUUACUAGUUACAAAGAGAAACCGUAAUACAGUAAACAUUUCGUCCACACUUGGAAAAACUGGAGGAAUUAAGAAGCCUAGACGAUGGAGAGCAGGUACAAAUGCUCUCAAAGAAAUUAGAAUGUACCAGAGGAGCACAGCUUUGGUCCUGAAGAAACUCCCCUUCCAAAGACUGGUGAAGGAGAUUGCUGGUAAAAUCCAGUCAGGGCUGAGGAUGCAGAUGCCAGCUCUACUGGCACUUCAGGAAGCCACUGAAGCAUUUAUGGUGGGUUUAUUCAUGGAUGUCAAUCUUUGUGCCAUUCAUGCCAAGAGGGUGACCAUCAUGCCACAAGAUGUGAAACUGGCCCUCCGCAUUAGAGGAGGACCAAAAGGAAAUUGUAAGAGGAUCUGUUCUUGAUUCACAUGUACAUGUUGCCGGGGAUGCGACCAUAUGGAAGGCCAUGAUACAGUAUGUAUCUUAAUACUCUGGUUAUGAUAUAAUACGUAUCUGAUUCUCGAUAUGCCAGUAUAACAACACAAAGGCCAUAAAUUGAAAUAUCAGUGUAGUUCAUAUGUGGAAAAAAAUGACAACAUCCUGUUUCUUCUUUGUUAACUGUUUUGAUACCAUAACAAAAGGGAUUAUCUCAAGUUAUCUUAAACAGCUUUUUUGUAGGAUGCAGGUGGCCUUUCAAGCUUACAUUAAGAUAGGCUUAUUCUAUUAAGAAAGAUAAAGAUAUGUAUUUUGUGAACAUGUAUUGUGAUACAGAUUCAUGCAGUCAUGAAUCACGAUACAUGUUUGUGUUUAUUGUGCAUCGUAUCAGAGACCAUGUAUCAUAGUUUUAGUGUAUCAUCUCACCCUUACAUAUUGCUAUUAAAGACUGUUUUGUGUGUGUUGCAUCUUCUGAUACUUUAAGCUUUAAAGUAUUUUUAAAAAGCAAAGAUUCAAAGAUACUGAAUAAAGAUGCAAGUUAAUUCACAAUAUAUUUUGGCUAAUGAACAGAGACAAUGUGUCCCAUUUACAUUAUCAAUCAUACUUUUAAAGAAAUCAUUCUAAUGUUACAAACAUUUGUUAAUAUACUAUCAAAUUAAGUAUAUUGUAAUAUUUUCAACUUCUCCAUAUAUAUAGGGGGGGCGGUUGGGUAGCCUAGUGGUUACAGCGUUCGCUCAUCACGCCAAAGACCCGGGUUUGAUUCCUGACAUGGGUACAAUGUGUGAAGCCCAUUUCUGGCGUCCCAAGCCAUGAUAUUGCUGGAAUAUUGCUAAAAGCAGCGUAAAACCAUACUUACUCCAUAUAUAUAUGGAAUGUAUAUAUAGCCAUACCGACUGUAUUUAAAUUAUUUGUAUUGUGUCAAUUCAUAGAUCUUUAAGCCUGUUAAGUUUGUUUGGUAUACAUAAAAAGAAAAGCACAGUCUUAAGUUUGGAAGUUUUCCCCACAAUAUCAGUGACAGAAAUCUGCUGUUUUAACCAUCAGAAAAUCUGUUGUCUUAUUGAUGAAAAUUGGACAAGGUUAAAUGAUGUAGGAUUCUGAUGCAAUUUCUAUGGUAGCUUAGACAUACACAAAAAGAUAUUUUCCCCAGUGGCUUCCAGCCACACCCUGCGAUCAUAUGAGUACAUGAUAUGUGUUAAGUAACCAAUGUGUUUUCCUAACUGUUGAUUAAAACUUAAUCUGUA